UCGUCCAGCUCCCCCACGGACGCGUUCGCCGCGCUCGAGGCUCUGCUCACCGCGGCGUCGGAGUCGAGCGGCCCGUCCUCCGCGCGCGGAUGGAAGGAGCUCGAGGGCGCGUGGGUCCUUCCCCCGCCGAACGGCCGCGCCGCCGUCGGCGUCGUGCACUUCAUCGGCGGCGCGUUCGUCGGCGCGUCGCCGCAGCUGACGUACCGUCUCCUCCUCGAGUCGCUCUCCGCGCGCGGCGACCUGACGAUCGUCGCGACGCCGUACGCCAUCGGAUUCGAUCACCUUCGCCUCGCGGACGAGAUUCAAUUCGUCUUCGACCGAUGCGUCCGAUCCUUAGGGAAAGAGUACGACACCCUGCCCGUGUACGGCGUCGGGCACAGCAUGGGCGCGCUGAUGCACGCGCUCAUAGGCUCGAGGUACAAGCUCCCAGACCGCGUCGGGAACGUGCUGAUAUCGUUCAAUAACAAGCCCGCGACGGACGCGGUGCCGCUGUUCACGCCCGUCGUCGCGCCGGGGCUUCAGGCGCGUUCUAACCUCUCGCCGCUGUUCAACGGCAUCUCGUCGUCGCCGUUGCGCGCGCCCGCGCGCGCGAUCGACGCGUCUCUGCGCGCGCGAGCGCCGCCGGUGGUCAGGGAGUUGCUGCCGGUGCUGGACCAGCUCGAGCCGGUGUUUUUGGAGGUGGCCAACGGCGCGAACGAGUUCGUGCCAAAGCCGGACGACAGCAAGGACCUCGUGCGCAAGUACUACGCGGUGAAGCGUAACUUACUCCUGCGCUUCCGCGACGACACGAUCGACGAGACGGGGGUCUUGGCGUCGACGCUGACGGACGGCGCCGCCAUCUCGGAGAGCCUGGACCUGAGCGUGAAGAGCCUCGCGGGCGACCACGUGCGGCCGUGUCGGCAGGACGUCGGCGCGGACGUGCCCCCGGAGCUCGCGUCUCCGCUGAUCGAGACCGGGAACCUCAUCAGCGGCGUCGCG